GUGGGGUGGGGGUGGGGGUGGGGGGGUUCCAAGAAAUGAAGGGGGUGAAGGGGAAGCUGCUGAAGAAGCUCAAGACGAUCAAGCCCAUCGGGUAUCUGAAGCAGGACAGGAUCCUCCAUCUGAACGCCUCCGAUGGGUACGUGGAGACGUUCCUGAAGAACCCGAUCAUGAAAGCUCAGACCAUGUUGUUCCCGAAGGAGAACCCCGAUCGGAGCCUGAAGAAUCAGGGCGGCCUCGGGGAGGCGCGGGAGCCGGAGGUCAUCGACGUCACGGAGCUCAUGAAGGAUCUCGAAGACGCCGAGAUGGAGUUCGAUGACGAUUUGGAGGACAAGGAGAAUAUUGGUCCGAAUGUCGAUGCGGGGAGCGCAUUUCUCGGCAAGGAGAAUUGUGAGAAUGUGCUCGUGAAGUCGGAGCUGGAAUCGUCUCCGGAUGAGGAGGCUUCGAGGUUGUCUGAAACAGAGGAGCUGCCGAGAAACAGCUUGAAGACCCCUUUGUCAGAAAUCGAUGUGUCGAACUUUAGGCGGCCGGAUUUGAACUCGUCGACUCUUUUCGAUCCUAACCUGCUCGCGGCAUUUGAGCAAGCGGUGAAGCAGCACGUUAGGAUCAGCCUAGAUGAGAUGAGACCGAGAAUUGAGGCAGAGCCGGAUGAUUUAGAGAAGAGUUCUGAUGAGCCCCCUUCCAAAACUCGUAGAAUCGAGGAGGAGGACAAUGACGAUGCCGAUCCACUGUUGGCAUUUGAGGAGAAGUGCCCACCUGGAGGCUCCGGUGCAGUAAUCUUCUACACAACCAGCCUUAGAGGCAUAAGAAAGACAUUCGAGGACUGCGGCAAGAUUCGUUUCCUCCUGAACAGCUUCCGCAUCCUAUACUCAGAGAGAGACGUGUCAAUGCACACGGAGUUUAAGGAAGAAUUGUGGGACAUCUUGGGUGGGAAACCGGUCCCGCCGAGGGUGUUCAUUAAGGGGAGGUACAUUGGUGGAGCUGAACAAGUGUUGGGGUUACAUGAGCAAGGAAAGCUCAAGAAGCUUCUUGAGGGAGUCCCAAUUGAUAGGUCUACUGGUCCAUGUGAAGGUUGCGUCGGUAUGAAAUUCGUGGUGUGUUCUAAAUGCAAUGGGAGCCACAAGCUCGUUGGCGAAGACUCGUCGGCGAAUAAAUGCUCGGAGUGCAACGAGAAUGGCUUGAUUAUUUGCCCACUUUGCUGUUGAGAGAGAAUUCAUCUCAUUUUCUGAUCAUUUUUCCCUUGUGCGGUCCUCAAUUAUAUGUUUCAUUGUAAAGCUCCUAUAAAUAUACAUCGGUUGGGUGCUCUUUCCCAUCAGUUCUCUCA